GUCACGGCCCGGUGCGGGGCCCGGAGCCGACCCGCAGCAACGAGCAGAGGGAUGGAGCACCUCUGCUGUGAGAAAUGGCAGCGAGAGCUGCGGCUGCUCAGCCAGGAGGGAGGGGGACCUCAGAGCACCCUUCCCCUACCUAAAGGUCUCUGGGUAAGCUGGAGAGGGACAUUUUACCAGGACUUGUAGUGAUAGGACAAGGAGCAAUAGUUUUAAACUGAAAGAGGAUUUGGAUUGUAUAUAAGAACAUGUUAAAAUUAUGGGAGUGAGGCAUUGGAACAGUUUGUUCAGGGAAGUGAUGAAUGCCCCAUCCCGGGAAGUCUUCAUGGCCAAGUUGGACAGGGCUCUGAGCAAUCCGGUCUAGUGGAAGGAGUCCCUGCUCGUGGCAGGGGGUUGGAACCAGAUGACCUUUAAAGAUCCCAUUCAAUUCAAACCUUUCUGUUAUUCUGUGGUUCAUGGUGCCAUCCUAUAUUUCCAUCAGAUGGUUCUUGUUAAACUUGUGAGCCCACCUGGCAACUUUCACCUGCAGGCCUCUUGGCUUCUGAGGUACCUGAGGUAGCUUAACAACCAGGACCACCAGCAGGAAUUUCCAGGGUGCCAGCAAGCCUCCUCCAGGACAUGCCCAUCUUCUGUUUUAUGAGAUCCAUAUUCAGAUCAUAACUCUUGUGCUCCUUCUCACACUCACUAGUAGCUCAGGCCAGGCCUCUCCCCAAAGUGAUGUGACACCAUAUUUUUCCUGAAUCCCAGGUAGGUGAACCGCAUUACUUUUCCUUUGUUUAGAUGCUUGUAACAGCUCUCCGGUGCCCUUCACAUAUUACCCCAGUUCCCUCUGCAAAGUCACCCUUUCCUCUUCACUCCUAAGGAAAGGUAGGUACCACUUUGCCCAAAAUCACCAGGCCUGAGCCCGUGGGGGAUAAACUGGCUGGGAGUCCAGCCACAGUAGUUUGGUGUGAGUGCUCUACACUGCAUGCCUGACUAUUUUCUUCUUGCUGGAUCCCUGACAAGUGUCAGGCCCCAUGGGCAGUGAGAACUCUGUUUCCCCAGAAGUGUCUUGCCAGCUCCUCUCCCCUCUCUCCUGCAGUCAGCUCAUCCCAAAGAAGUUGAGCAGGCCAUCAUGCUCCCAAAGCUUUAUUGUGGCCCUCUUCCUUUUCUCCUCAUCCUCUCCUGACCCACUGCCCCCAUCCCCUUGUAGGCAAGGUAUGUGUGCAGUGCUGGGGAUGGGGCAUCCAGCCCCUCUCUCCCUUGGCUUGCAGCAGAGGAUGCUUGGGGGUCAUUACUUUGCAGUUUUUAUAGUAUUCUCACAUUGUCUGCAAAAAAUUGCCUCCUCUGCCCUUCUUGUCAGCAGCUGAGCGCAACUCCCUAACUCUGUGGUAAGUGGUAUUAACUAACCUUUACCAGUGACCUGUCUCUCUUGUUUCAUUUUGAGCCACGGGCAACAGGUAUUCAUUUGUCUUUGUCCUUAUUGGUUCUUCUACUCAACUUGCUGGAAAACAAGCCCCAGAAAUCCCCAGCCUUGAUAUUUACCAAGAGUCAUGGAAACUGCUUUGAUUACCAUGGGUGCCACACUCUGCUGAGUGCUCCUGGCACCAGCACGGCCCAUGGCUGGGCGCAGGACUGGAGCCAGGGAGAACUGUGCUGCCAGGAUGCUCACAGAGAAAUGAGAAAAACCAACUGCUGCUUCCCUGAGCCUGGAAGCAUCACCUGACUCCCCAGAGCUUUGCACACUUUUUGCUUAUUUGUGAUCACUGGUUGCUGGCAACUGAAGUGGGGGAGGGCAGGAGGUGGGCACAAGCAAAGGGAAUAGGUCCAUGUGCAUCCUGUGCUCACAUGGAGGCAUCAUGCUCCUGCUGGGCUCAGGAAACUGCUCUGUGGGCAGAGCUUGGUGGAUCACUUGUCCCUGGUUAGGGGUAUGAGUAUUCCCACACCAUGCAGCUGGUGGGGUGGCCAGGGUCAUCUCCCAGGUGGGUGAUGGAGGCAGGCAGGGCAGCUGCUGUGAGAGGUAUAGCCAGCCCCAUGGGCAGGGAGCUCGCUGUCAGCAGCUCUGUCAUCAACACUUUCCAUAUGAGGAAAAGAUCCUUCCCUGCAGCCAGCAGGUCUUGCUGAUCAGGGACACCAGGAAGGACUGGCACCCAUGACAGAAUGGCUGGAGUUUGCCUCUUCUCUGCAUCUGAAUCCUUGGGAGCACCUGUCAGCUCAGGCUGACUCCUCCACUGCAGCUGAGUUCUAAUUCCAGGCACAGCCAGUGCCUGUGAUGCUUCCCCAAGGCUCAGCACCCGUGACAGCCUCAGUGGCUCUGACUGAAUGCAGCUGGGUCUCCUGCCCAGCACAGAUAUUUCAGCUCCUCACCACAUGCUUGGGUAGAAGGUGGUGAAGGAGCUGGUGCUGAGGCUUGCAGGGAGACACAGAGCAGCUCACAAAGGCCAGAACCAGGCUUUGCAGCCCAUGCAUCAUCUGUGGCUGAGUUUAGGCUGAAGAUGCAGUGUGUGGUUGUGGGAUGAAAGAGCUUACUGAUGUUGAGCCUUUGGUUUUAUCUGUCAGGGUCAGCAAGAAGUUAUUCCCAAUUAGCUAAAGUGAUGGGUCAAUUUGGUGGUGAAAUACCCUGCUCUAGAUGCUUUGCUGUGGAGUUAAAGUGGGUUUUCUUUGGUUUGUUUUUUUUAAAGUGGAGUAACCAAUUCAAGUAGGCUUCAGCCCAGGGGCAUAUUUGGUAGAGCAGGCAGUAGUAUGACUGCCUGGCCUGAAAAUUUGUUUGUGAGCAAAGCCUACCCAGGGGGCAGGGAGUGAGCCCAGUUGUACUAAGAUGGCUUUAAUGCUGAUUAAGAACAUCUCCCAAGGGGUUUAUUGAACUUCAGUCACUUCCAAGAAGAAAGGAAGGACUUUCCUCUCUCCAGUCCUGUGUCCUGCUGUGCUUGCGCAGAGGGUAAGUGAGGUGCCAUGGGGAUUGGAGAAAGGUUAGGCCCUGAGGAGAAGGAAAAGCUUUUGCUGCUCAAGGCAGGAGAUAGGUCACUGUGGGUAAGACUGAUAGCUCUGCAUCCCUGUGUAGUUCAAGGGAUUCUGCUAGACAAAAAGGCCCUGUGUUAGCAAGGUGUUGGACUUUUCCAGCCCUGGCUCCCAGCAUUGCAACCUGGAAUUCCUAGGAAAUACCAGCAUGAAGCUACUUCCAGAAGCCCACAUGGGUUUCAGCAAAAGUAGUUUGGGUCUGCUUGACAAAAGGGUUUCACAGCAGCCUGUCACGUCUCAGAUGAAGCUUCAGGAACAGGAUCGUUUGCCAGUAACCACCACCUUGUGCUGAUGUUAUCUAGUUUCUGCAGAAUGAACUUGCUGAGUUGUCAUCUGUGACACCGUCAGGGGAAGUCCUGACUUCUGACACUGCAGUUCCUGCCUCUGCUUUGCCAUGGCCCCAAUUCCAGCAGCAUCAUCUGGGCUAGUUGGAUUUGCUGGAUAGCUGCUGGACACCUGCUUGUGCCAAAAUGUCAUGGGGUUGUCAGAAAGAACUGGGCAGCAAGGAUACGCUGCAGGCCUGUGGGCUCCCAAAUCCAAUGGAGACACUAGCAGGCUAACAUGUAGCUUCUGGCUGAGGAUAAAAUGGCUACUGACAGCUCAUCUGUGCAAGGUGGUGCUGAACACUUGGUGACCAGACAAACAGCAAGAGGGGGUUUGCACUAGAGCUAAUGCGUGGGUAUUGGCAAGUGCCUCUCAGUACGUGGGCUACUGACUUCUGUGACAGAGGCAAACUCCGUGGGUGCCAAGCAGAGGCUGCAUUUUGCAGGUGUUUGCCAAGUGAGGCAUCCCUUUUCUUCUGUGCAGACCUUCCCUGGAGGCAGUGACCUGUUUCAUUCUCUAGCUCCAGACAGCAGGUAAUGGAUGAGUGGCUAAAGUAGUCAGGUGCUGGUGCAUGCUGGCACUGCUGUAUGACCGGGCAGCACGAUGGCACCCCAUGCAGCCAGUGUCACAGGCUGGCAAAGCCAGACUCACUGGUCCAAACAAACGCCCUCAGCUGCAGGUGCAAGGUGUUCUCCGUGUCUGCAAAGUGGAUGUAGGCACCUGUUCCGCUGUCUGUUGAAAACCUGCAAGUUGCUGGAUCAUGUGCACAAGUUUUAUGAGCAAUGCAAGCAGCCAGUGAAGCCUGCGUGACAUAGAGCCUCAUUCAGGCAGGGCUUUGGAGCAUUUCUUCAUCUGACAGCAACCAUCUGCUGUGACUGCAAGGUCCCACACUGCUUUGGCAGCUGAGUUUGCAUGCUGAGGUAGCAGCAGCUCUGCAUUUCUCCCAGCCAUGCUCUGGAGUGUGCCUAAGUGCCAGCUGGUACCUGGGUAGUUUAGAUGUGAGUGUCAAAGGGUUCAAGGCUGUGCUUCAAAUUCAAGACAGAGCUACCUGAUGGGUCCCUCUCGCUGUGCAGCAGUGGGGAAAGGAGGAAGGCUGCAUGAGGAAUGGGAUGAAGAAGAGUACAUCCAUGCUUUAUAACUGUAAUGCCAUGGUAGAUGGGGGGAAGUUUCCCUGGGCUACUGUGUGUGCUUCAGUCUUUCCUGCUAUGAAAUCAGUAGACAUCCAAAGAAGGGUGCUGACCUAAAUGAGGGCUGCAGGAAAAUUUCCCUAUGCAGGGACUAAAAGUCCCACUAGUUUAGAGUGGAAACUAGUGAAAUGCCGCGUGAUAGAGAUGUGCAGAGCAAUUCCUGGCUUAGAGAUAAAUCUGUUCCUCUGCUCACCCCCUCACAAGAUGUUCAAAGAAAUGGAAAGACAACUCAUUUCACACUGGUAAACUGACACACUUCUCACAGAGCCAGCAAACUGGUUUGUGCAGGUGAACAAGAUGCCCUGCUGGCCAACAGUUUCAGAUGGCUCACAAAGGAUCAAGUAUUGAGAUGAAAAACAAGGAUACCCAAAACUGAAGUAAAAAACUUUGGCUUAAAUAAUAUAAAAGGUGGCAUGAUUCUUGGACAUCUACUUUGGGGUUCAGGUAAAGAAUGGUGGCAAGGAGUUUCUAUUUUCCUGUCCCUUCUUUGAAACCAAUUUUGGCAUUAUUCAUGACACUAGGAGGACCAAGUUUUCAAAUCAAGGCUUUGCACCAUCACUGCUGGCAUUGCUUAGGGUAUAGCACAUCUCCCUUGUCCCUCCUCCAAAGCACCAUUAGGGAUGAGGUGCCAUGGGGGGCUGCAGGUCACCUGUGUCUGGGCACUGGUGUUGGCAGCCCCAUACAAAGCUGUAGGAAAAGUAGCCAUAUCCCUGGAGGCUGAUUACAGAGCACCUUUCUUGCCAGGGUUCCAAAAUGCAAAGGUGGAAAGCACAGGAUUGGCGAUGAUCUGAAACUGCUCCCUCUCUCUUCAUCUGCUGCUCCAAGCCCCCAGGGGAAACUUGUGUGACUUUACAAGCCCUCUGAAAUAGUCAGCACUAAGCAAGUCCUCCUUUGUUGUCUGGGUGUUUGACAUGGGCCUCCUUCCUUGUGUUUCUCUCAAAAAGUCAUUGAAGAGCCCUGGCUGGGGGCUCUGGGACAUGGACCAGGUUUAGGUCAGGGGCUCAGCCGCUGCCUCCCUCAGCAACCUUCUCUGGGACUCUGGGUUGUCUCCCAGAGAGCUGGCAGCGGGCAAGAGCUGUGUGUGCCAGGGUGUGACACCACGUGCCAGUGCACUGCCCAGGCCAAUGGGGCUUAUACCCAUUUGUGUAUUUUGUACAAAAUGCCAGUCUGGUUCUGCCAUACAGCACAGGCACCAAGUGUACCUCCUGCACAGCUCCUCUGUGCCCUCCUGCACAGGCACUCUGCCCCACACUGCCUGUCCUGCCCCACGCUGCCUCCGACAAUGUGCUGGGCUCCAGCACCGCUUGUACAAGAACCACACGUGCCUGGGCACAGGCUCACUGCAUGUGAGCCUGUCAGCGCAGCUGCUUGUGCUGCACACCUCCUCCAAUCAUGCUGCGUGAGCUGAAGGAUUUGGGAAGCUCUUGUUCCUACCAAAUGGGGUGGAGAGAAGGGAAAACCGGUGCACACACCCCCUUAAUCCAAAAGUGAAGCAGAUCCCAUUGGGGUGAAAGUACAGUACUAGCAUGAGUGUUGUUCACAGCCAUCUCCUGCUGAGGUGGGUGUCUCAGAGUCUGUCUGCAAGAACAUGCCCUAAAUAAGCUGUACUCAAUCCUUGGGAGUCUUGAACAUCUUUUGUUUUGGUGAUGAGUGGUGUUGAAGGACACUUUCCUCUGAACGGAGUCAUGAAGCAGCAAUGUAAUACACUCAAGAGUCAUAUAUUAAUUUAAGAAACACCAUCCACUCCAUGCCAUGGAUCAUGGCUUCAGCCAAAGCCUUGUGAACAUCAAAUCCUCCAUCCUGGGAGCACAAUAUUUGCUGCUUGGUUGCUGCAGUUGGAUUCACUGCAGCAGUAGCAGAGUCCCAAGGCUGAGUCCUGUGGCUGAACAGCCACAUGUGCCUCUCCUGCUUGUGUAUCACCUGGAAAUGCACACACUGGGAAGCACAAAGGAAGCUGGGGCCAUGGCCCCUUGCCAUCACCAGUAAGUCUACCCCUGGGUGGAUCAGCCCUUCUGGUUAAACGGGUCACUGCCCUUCCUCUUUGGGCCUUCCCCGUCAUCACCAAACGAGACUGCCACCGAGAUGAGUCAAACCGUCAGACACCAUCUGCACCCUGCACAGAGCACAUCCAUGCCUUGGAUAGCUCACCUGGAGGGCUCAGCCCAGGCAGCGGAAGCAAAGAAGCCCUGGCUGACUGGGGGGGCGUCUGGUAGCUGAACCUUUUCAGUGUCCCAAGUGCAGCUGGGUGAUCUGGUUCGUUUCUGACUGAUCCCAGAAGGUAGACAAGGCCUGUGAAGACAGCAGUGAGAGGAAGUUUGGCCUUGAAUGGAUGUACUCUACCAGGGUUUGAGAUCUGCUGACCUGGAGACUCUUGUAUAACUCCAUCCCUUCAUCCUCAGCUCUGGACCUGAAAAGGUGCCUGAGAAAACAGCUUCGUUAAUAACCCUGAAGCACUCACUCAGUGCUGAAGUGCCAAGAGUUAGAAAGAGUCCAUGAAGAAAUGGAAAAGCAGGAUGAUGGAGCUCGCUGACUUCAGGACAAGAUGAAGUUUCCGGCCACGUGACUUUCAGCUUACAUCCCUGAGGUUCUGAGAAACCACAGGAGGCUGAGACCUAAAGGGAAGGUGCAGAGGCUCUGAGAGGAGCGAAAGUGUCGGAGUGCUGGGCAGGAGGACAGAGAGCUUCUGGAACGGGUGAGAGUAGGAAGCCAAGGGCCAAAUCAGAGGUAACAGAGGAGGACAGAGGAGAGGCAGAGAAGAAAGACAGAAAGCAGACACACCAACAGCACAAAGGAAGCUGAAGAGACCCUGGGAGCCAGAAACACCAGCUAUGCCCCACAGCUCUGACAGCAGUGAUUCCAGCAGCUUCAGCCAGUCUCCCCCUCCCAGCAAGCAGGACUCUUCUGAUGACAUGAGGAAAGUCCAAAGGAGGGAGAAGAAUCGCAUCGCUGCCCAGAAGAGCCGCCUGAGGCAGACCCAGAAAGCAGACACACUGCACUUGGAGAGUGAAGACUUAGAGAGACAGAAUGCUGCCCUGCGCCGGGAAAUCAAGCAGCUGACAGAGGAAAUGAAGCACUUCACCUCGAUGCUGAGCUCCCAUGAACCCUUCUGCUCCAUCCUGACAUCCCCUCCACCGCCUCCAGAAGUGCUUUAUGCCACACACUCUUUUCAUCAGCCCCACAUUAGCUCCCCACGCUUCCAGCACUGAGCCAGCCAGGAGGACAGCAGCCUGCCAGCUCCACUGAUGGCAAGAAGUAACUUUGUGGGGCUUGCUUUCCCAUCCAAGGGAAGGAAUUGGACAGAUGGACAUUCCUUCUUAAAGUAUGUAUUCUGAGUGACUUGCCUAAGACUUGCUCCCUGUGCAGAAAUGUCAGAGCCACUGUGAGGCAUCUUUGGACAGUUUCCAGCUUGGAUUCUGGGAGGAAGAGGCAGUCACAAAAGAGCACCAUCCCCCUUCUCUGGUCCUUGUUUGGGGAGACUCACAGGAGUGUGCAGCACUGGCAGCCUCCAUAAGAGCAGCUGGCUGUGGCACGCAGCCAGACCUCCAGGAAGAGGAAAAGGAGCAGAGGUGGAGGGAAAGGUUGGGGGCCACAGAGUGUCAGGGCAAAACUGGUUUAUUUUUGUAAAAUAAAGAUUGAAAAUGCUUAA